AUGACCAUCCUGGGCCGUCUCAACACUCCUCACCACCUGGGCCAUCGCAAGACUCCUCACCACCUGGGCCGUCUCAACACUCCUCACCACCUGGGCCGUCUCAACACUCCUCACCACCUGGGCCGUCUCAACACUCCUCACCACCUGGGCCGUCUCAACACUCCUCACCACCUGGGCCGUCUCAACACUCCUCACCACCUGGGCCGUUGCAACACUCCUCACCACCUGGGCCGUCUCAACACUCCUCACCACCUGGGCCAUCGCAACACUCCUCACCACCUGGGCCAUCGCAACACUCCUCACCACCUGGGCCGUCUCAACACUCCUCACCACCUGGGCCAUCGCAACACUCCUCACCACCUGGGCCAUCGCAACACUCCUCACCACCUGGGCCGUCGCAACACUCCUCACCACCUGGGCCAUCGCAACACUCCUCACCACCUGGGCCGUCUCAACACUCCUCACCACCUGGGCCGUCGCAACACUCCUCACCACCUGGGCCAUCGCAACACUCCUCACCACCUGGGCCGUCGCAACACUCCUCACCACCUGGGCCGUCUCAACACUCCUCACCACCUGGGCCGUCGCAACACUCCUCACCACCUGGGCCGUCGCAACACUCCUCGCCACCUGGGCCAUCGCAACACUCCUCACCACCUGGGCCGUCUCAACACUCCUCACCACCUGGGCCGUCGCAACACUCCUCACCACCUGGGCCGUCGCAACACUCCUCACCACUUGGGCCGUCGCAACACUCCUCACCACCUGGGCCGUCUCAACACUCCUCACCACCUGGGCCUUCGCAACACUCCUCACCACCUGGGCCAUCGCAACACUCCUCACCACCUGGGCCAUCGCAACACUCCUCACCACCUGGGCCGUCGCAACACUCCUCACCACCUGGGCCAUCGCAACACUCCUCACCACCUGGGCCAUCCUAAAAGGAGAUUAGAGAUAGAAAAGGAGACCCUAUCCUGGAGAUAG